AUGCGGCCUGUACCCGUGCAGCAGCCUGCCUUGCCCCUCUCUGGGUUGCUAAGGUCUUUCCAAAAGAUAGGAAGUGAUAUGUACAAUCCUCUGCACGGGAAGAACACCGUGUCCCAUCAGCCGUCAGCAGUCCCGCUUCAGAAGAUUGGAUCCCGGGUUUCGGCACCAAAUGUUGAGGAAAUAUUUUUUGUCUCUUUUCCUCCUCGACCCUUUUACUGUUUUAUUUUUGUCUCUGUUCCCUUUAGGGAGUUAUCACACAAGUGGAAUCCAAAGCAAGUUAUUGGACACUUGGUACUCAAAAGUUUGUCCUAUGUGGUCGCAAUGCCAUUUUACUCUGCAAGCCUCAUCGAAACCGUGCAGAGUGAGAUCAUCCGUGACAACCCAGGAAUUCUGGACUGUGUGAAGGAAGGCGUGGGCCGGGUGAUGGGCAUGGGCAUUCCCCACAGCAAGCGCCUCCUGCCGCUGUUGAGCCUGGUGUUCCCCACAGUCCUGCAUGGGGUCCUCCACUACAUCAUCAGCUCCACCGUGCAGAAGGUGGUGCUGCUCUUCCUCCGAAGGAAGAGCCCGCCCGGGCAGCCCGCCGACAGGCCCGACGGUGCUCAGAGCAUGCUGGAGGCCUACUUCCCCGAACUCAUGGCCAGCUUCGCUGCCAGCCUGUGCGCCGACGUCCUGCUCUUACCCCUGGAGACCGUCCUCCACCGGCUCCACAUCCAGGGCACGCGCACCAUCAUCGACAACACGGACCUGGGCUUCGAGGUCCUGCCCAUCAACACCCAGUACGAGAGCAUGAGAGACUGCAUCAACGUCAUCCGCAGAGAGGAGGGGCCCCUGGGCUUUUAUAAAGGAUUUGGGUCAAUAGUCGUGCAGUACACGCUACAUGCCGCUGUACUACAGAUCACCAAGUUGAUUUAUUCAACAUUGUUGCAAAAUGCUUAA